AACAAACCUUCUUCUUCUGCCAUUUUUAUCUGUUUUUCAAGAAAACAGUUUACAUUUUCAAGAAAACUGGUGCAAACUUUCUUGAAUUUGCAUCAAGAUUUUGUUACAAAUCAAUGGCAUCUUUGGUUUCAACACCAUUUACAAUACCCACAAAUAAAGUUGACAACUUUUCACAAAAACAUUACUUUCUUCACUCAUUCUUGCCAAAAAAAUCAUCAUCAAAUUUACACUCAAAAACACAAAGUUUUGGUGUAAAAUGUGCUGUUGCUGGGAAUGGCCUUUUCACUCAAACAACACAAGAAGUUAGAAGAAUAGUACCUGAAAACAAACAAGGCCUUCCUGUUGUCAAGAUUGUGUAUGUUGUGUUGGAAGCACAGUAUCAGUCUUCACUUUCAGCUGCAGUUAUGACUCUGAAUAAAACAAACAAAUUUGCUUCUUAUCAAGUUGUGGGCUAUCUGGUUGAAGAGCUAAGAGAUAAAAAUAACUAUGAAAGUUUCUGUUUAGACCUUGAAGAUGCAAAUAUCUUCAUUGGGUCUUUGAUUUUUGUUGAGGAAUUGGCUUUGAAAGUGAAGGCUGCAGUCGAAACACAGCGAGAUAGAAUGGAUGCAGUUUUGGUGUUUCCAUCAAUGCCAGAAGUUAUGAGGUUGAAUAAAUUGGGAUCAUUUAGUAUGUCUCAACUUGGUCAGUCAAAAAGUCCAUUUUUUCAGCUUUUUAAAAACAAAAAGAAGUCAUCAGCUGGUUUUUCUGAUCAGAUGUUGAAGUUAGUCAGGACUUUACCUAAAGUUUUGAAGUAUUUGCCUAGUGAUAAAGCUCAAGAUGCUAGACUUUAUAUUUUAAGUUUGCAGUUUUGGCUUGGAGGGUCUCCUGAUAAUUUGGUUAAUUUUGUGAAAAUGAUUUCGGGGUCUUAUGUUCCGGCUUUAAAAGGGAUGGAUAUCGCGUAUUCGGACCCUGUUGUGUUUCUAGAUAAUGGCAUUUGGCAUCCUUUGGCUCCAUGUAUGUAUGAUGAUGUGAAGGAGUAUUUGAACUGGUAUGAUACUAGAAGGGAUACAAAUGCGAACCUUAAGAAGUCGAAUGCUCCUGUUGUUGGAUUGAUUUUGCAGAGGAGUCAUAUUGUGACUGGAGAUGAGAGUCAUUAUGUGGCUGUGAUCAUGGAAUUGGAAGCCAAGGGUGCGAAAGUGAUCCCAAUUUUCGCGGGUGGGCUUGACUUUUCGGGUCCAAUUGAGAAGUACUUAGUUGAUCCUAUCACGAAAAAGCCGUUUGUGAACUCUGUGGUGUCAUUGACUGGGUUUGCACUUGUUGGAGGGCCAGCAAAGCAAGAUCACCCAAGAGCUAUUGAGGCGUUGAUGAAGCUUGAUGUGCCGUACCUUUGUGCAUUGCCUUUAGUGUUCCAGACAACUGAAGAGUGGCUUAACAGCACUUUAGGACUUCACCCGAUUCAGGUGGCUUUGCAGGUUGCUCUUCCUGAGCUUGAUGGAGGAUUGGAGCCUAUUGUUUUCGCAGGACGUGACCCAAGAACUGGAAAAUCACAUGCACUUCACAAGAGAGUGGAGCAACUGUGUACUAGAGCAAUUAGAUGGGCAGAUCUGAAGAGGAAAACAAAGACUGAGAAGAGGGUGGCAAUUACCGUGUUCAGUUUCCCACCAGACAAAGGCAAUGUUGGAACAGCUGCUUACCUGAAUGUAUUUGCAUCCAUUUUCGCUGUUCUACAAGACCUCAAAAGAGACGGUUACAAUGUGGAGGGCCUUCCAGAAACUUCUGCAGAUCUGAUUGAAGACAUUCUACAUGAUAAAGAGGCACAGUUCAGUAGUCCAAAUUUGAAUGUUGCAUAUAAGAUGGGAGUAAGAGAGUACCAGCAGUUGACUCCAUACGCCACAGCAUUGGAAGAGAACUGGGGAAAGCCUCCAGGGAACUUGAACUCUGAUGGUGAGAACCUUUUGGUGUACGGAAAGCAAUAUGGAAAUGUCUUCAUUGGUGUCCAGCCUACAUUCGGAUACGAGGGUGAUCCCAUGAGGCUACUUUUCUCUAAAUCGGCUAGCCCACAUCAUGGAUUUGCAGCUUAUUACUCAUAUGUUGAGAAAAUCUUCAAAGCUGAUGCAGUUCUUCAUUUUGGAACCCACGGGUCGUUAGAGUUCAUGCCUGGGAAACAAGUCGGGAUGAGUGAUGCUUGUUUCCCUGACAGUCUCAUUGGGAACAUUCCCAAUGUUUACUAUUAUGCAGCUAAUAAUCCCUCAGAAGCCACCAUUGCCAAGAGAAGAAGUUAUGCCAAUACCAUAAGUUAUUUGACUCCACCUGCUGAAAAUGCUGGUCUUUACAAGGGUUUGAAGCAGCUGAGUGAGUUGAUUUCAUCUUAUCAGUCUCUCAAAGAUACGGGCCGUGGCCAACAGAUUGUGAGUUCAAUCAUUAGUACGGCUAAGCAAUGCAAUCUUGACAAAGAUGUGGACCUACCAGAAGAAGGCGUGGAGCUUCCAAGCAAGGAACGUGAUCUUGUUGUUGGAAAGGUUUACUCCAAGAUCAUGGAGAUUGAGUCAAGAUUAUUGCCAUGUGGGCUUCAUGUUAUCGGUGAGCCCCCAACAGCGAUGGAGGCUGUUGCCACUUUGGUCAAUAUUGCAGGCCUAGACCGCCCAGAAGAAGGAAUCUCUUCACUUCCCUCAAUACUGGCCGAGACAGUUGGUAGACAGAUAGAAGAUGUUUACAGAAGCAGUGAUAAGGGAGUCCUGAAAGACGUGGAGUUGUUAAAGACGAUUACAGAGGUGUCUCGUGGGGCUGUUUCUGCUUUUGUGCAGAGGUCAACCAACAGUAAAGGUCAAGUAGUUGACACAUCGGGUAAACUGAGCUCGAUCCUUGGGUUUGGUCUAAACGAGCCAUGGAUUCAGUACUUGUCUGACACCAAGUUCUAUAGAGCAGAUAGGGAGAAGCUUAGGGUUUUGUUCCAGUUCUUGGGCGACUGCUUAAAGCUCAUUAUAGCUGACAAUGAGUUGGGUAGCUUGAAGCAAGCUUUGGAAGGCAAGUAUGUAGAGCCGGGUCCUGGUGGAGAUCCAAUCAGAAACCCAAAGGUUUUACCCACGGGAAAGAACAUUCAUGCGUUGGACCCACAAGCAAUCCCAACCACAGCAGCUAUGCAGAGUGCAAUGGUGGUCGUGGACAGGCUGCUCGAGAGGCAAAAGGCUGAUAAUGGAGGAAAGUUCCCAGAGACAGUUGCAUUGGUCUUGUGGGGAACAGAUAAUAUCAAGACUUAUGGUGAGUCCCUUGGUCAGGUACUCUGGAUGAUUGGUUGUAGGCCAGUUGCAGACUCAUUGGGCCGAGUCAACAGAGUUGAGCCAGUCAGUCUUGAAGAGCUCGGAAGGCCUAGAAUUGAUGUUGUUGUGAAUUGCUCUGGGGUCUUCAGGGAUCUCUUCAUUAACCAGAUGAACCUUUUGGACCGGGCAGUGAAGAUGGUGGCUGAGCUCGACGAACCAUUGGAGCAAAAUUAUGUGAGAAAGCACGCACUGGAGCAGGCUGAGACCCUCGGUGUCGAUGUUAGGGAGGCUGCAACUCGUAUCUUUUCCAAUGCCUCAGGAUCCUACUCCUCAAAUGUUAACCUUGCAGUUGAAAACUCAUCAUGGAACGAUGAGAAGCAGCUUCAAGACAUGUACUUGAGUCGAAAGUCCUUUGCAUUUGACAGCGACACUCCUGGUGCUGGAAUGAGCGAGAAAAGAAAAGUAUUUGAGAUGGCAUUAAGCACAGCUGAAGCAACAUUCCAAAACCUCGACUCAUCGGAGAUUUCUCUAACUGAUGUUAGUCAUUACUUCGAUUCUGACCCAACUAACCUUGUUGGGAGCCUACGUAAAGACGGGAAGAAACCAAAUGCUUACAUUGCAGACACAACCACAGCUAAUGCACAGGUGCGUACCCUCUCAGAGACGGUCCGUCUUGAUGCCCGGACAAAGCUAUUGAACCCAAAAUGGUACGAAGGUAUGUUGUCGAGUGGUUAUGAAGGUGUUCGUGAGAUUGAAAAGCGGCUCACCAACACGGUUGGUUGGAGUGCAACUUCAGGACAGGUGGACAACUGGGUGUAUGAAGAGGCUAAUACAACUUUCAUUCAAGAUGAGGAGAUGUUGAACAGGCUCAUGAACACAAACCCCAAUUCGUUCCGGAAGUUGCUGCAGACGUUCUUGGAGGCGAAUGGACGAGGGUACUGGGAAACAUCAGAGGACAAUAUCGAAAAGUUAAGGGCAUUGUACUCAGAGGUUGAAGACAAGAUCGAGGGUAUCGAUCGCUAAUCAAUAACUAUGUAUGUCGUAUAACAUUGCCAUUUGUUUCCCUUUUCCCCAACCUGUAAGUUUUUUGUUCAUUCGUGGGGAUCAAACUCAUUGUAUUUGUAGCUUUCAAGACACUGAUUCAUAAACUGUGUAAUGUAAAGUCAAAUAAACUUCGCACUUUAUUUAGGA